CCGAUACGAAGGCCUGACUCUCCAACGGGUCACCUGUACAGCAAGAGCAACAAACAGAGGCCGUGCCGCCGUGGUUUCAGAGCCUAACUAGCCCCAUAAAACACUCAAGAAGAAGAAGGAAGACUCCCCUCUUCAUCUCGUUAAUUAAGUGUUGCAAAGGAAAAAGGUGUAAAAGAGACGCCAUGGGAGACAGGGACAGUGAAGGGGACGCGAAUUGCCCUCGGCUGCCUUCUGCCAAACCUAACCCCGAUGAUGACAACAACGAUAAGAAGGAAGCUGAAGAUGACUUAAUGCCUGCCCUUCCCCCACAUAUGAAGAAGACAGGGACCCCCACCACCACUACUUCUGCAAAGGAGGAUCAGAACCAACAAGACCCAGGUGGCAAAACAUCAGAGGAUGAGAGUGAGGAGUAUUGCCCUGCCUUACCCCCUCACAUGCUUCAAGGGGGUAAUCGAAAGUCAGCUCCACCUCCUAGAUCCAAUGAGAGAAGAUCUGUGGUGGGCCCCAUGCUGCCUAAGGGGUUCAUUCCACCCACAGAGGAUACACAUAAGGAAGAAAGCACUGAUGAAGAGGAGGAAGAGGAGGAGGAAAAGCCAGUAGUGGGACCUGUGCCCUCUGCAGAGAAGGUGGAUCCAGGGGAAUACAGAGCAAGGGAGCUGGAGGAGCGAGCCAGGAGGAUGCGAGACAAGCUGGAAGGACGUGACAAAGUCUCUGACAAACCUAUGAAGAGGGAAUCAUGGAUGACGGAGCUUCCUGAGGACAAGCCCAACUUCUGUGGUUUGGGGGCAAGGCAGUUCCUCCGCAAGACCCCAGCUGAGAAAGGUGACCGGUCCAUUUGGACUGACACUCCUGCUGACCGUGCCAAAAAGGCCAAGGAUCAGGAGGAGCAGCAGCAGGAGAAGGAAGAGGAGGGAACCAUAGAGGAUGAUGUUAUCCGACAGAGGGAUAAGGACCUAACAAAGAAGGUGGAUGAGUACAACAAGACCAAGAGAGCUAAACCCCUUGUGGACCUACACAGGAUUGAGUUGAAGAGAAAGCAGAAGGAUGAGGGACCCAAGGAGCGCAGGCCCUUCAGUCGGGAGGAGGACCUCAGUGUUAAUAAAUUUGAUGAAGCACAAAAGUCAAAUAUCAUGAAGAAGGCACGGCAGCUCAAUGACAGGUUCUCCUCAGGCAAGGCCAAGUUCUUGUGAGCCUGAAGCGAGGAGGAUUUUGUUUGUGAUUGCAAGUUGCGGUCACUCAGGUAAUUUGAAGUGUAUGGAAGAAAUAAUCUGAGAGUAAAGCUUGUAUAAUUGUUAUAUAUUUGUAACUUUUUGGGAUUUUUUUCUAGUUAGGUGAGUUUUCUGUAGCUACAUAAUUGUUUCAUAGGGAUUAAGAACCAGUAUGUUGUAAGGAGGAAUUGUGAUUAGGAGCUAGUAACUUAUAUGAAUGGAAGAAUGAGUUUGAGUUUGACUUGCUUAGUUAUUUAUUUAUAACUUUUUUAACCUCAUUGAGUGUCCCAAAAUCGAUUAGGGAAAGCUUGUGUACUUAACCCCUACAGUCCGGGUGGGUUUUACAGUAGCUGUGCACGCCGUCCGGGUCUUUUUGCUGAAAAUCACAUGUUUCCCACUACAAAUUACAUGAAAACUACUGAAGGUACAAAAAAAUUUAAAAGGUCAUAGUUUACUUCAAUCCUUUUCCUGCAUUGCGCAGGAACUAGUUUCCUAGGCAUCUUUGUUUUGUCACAGUGAUGUGAUGAAAUAAAAUAUUUUUCGUGCUCCGCGUGGGAGACCAAGGUGACCCAUGUUCCAUUGCCUGCGCACGGUCUUGUCUUUGGCUCCACAUCAGCCAUAUGCAAUACACUGAUUGUUGUAGAUUAUUUUAUCUUGAUAAUUAUGAUUACUACUACUGAUUAUGCAGACAGUAAGAACAUGGCGCUAAAGAAAAAAAGAAAAAAAAAAAGCCUCAUCUCACUCGCAUAUUUUAGUUGGCAGAGGCUAGCGCUAUGAUGCAAACAUCCUAACGAGGCGGACUCAAUAUUUCCACAUAGACACCACAUGUAAGGUGGAAUAUACUCCCAUUUGGUGUAUUAUAGAUCUAGACAAUCACAGAUUGCCCAAGAGCUCAAAAUCAUGUUGAGAUCUCCAUGACGUACCAAUACGUCGCCCGGACACCCAGCCCACCACGCUCGUGAUGUUCCAGUACGUCACCCGUCCUUUAGGGGUUAAGGUCCUUAAUCAAAACUAUUCAUGUGUUCAGUAAGCUUCUAGUUCAGUCACUCUUCGGUUUUAUCAGUUUUAAGAUUUGCAGAUUUUAUGAAGCACAGACAAUUUAUAUUAUCACGCUUUAUAGGGAUAUUAAGUGAAGUGUCCCAUUCAGGAUGAUCUACGGUCCAGCACACCUGCGGUACAUCAAGUACUUGUAGCGGGUGGACUUGUCUUGAGUCCAGGUGGGUGGCUGUGUGGCAGAAGGGAAGUGGAAGAAGAAAAAAGUAGUAGACCAUUAGGGAUCUCAUUGAAAUUUGACUUACACCAUUGUCAUUAUCAUCAUCAUUUUUCAUCACCAUCAUCAUCAUCUCAUUUCUUGCAUGUGUAGGUUAGGUAGUGUUGAUCAUACCAUAAUAAAGAGUGUGUCAUGUGUCGGGUAGGUUCAAACUUUAGAUACUUUUAUAUUCUGUGUUGUAUCUUUAAGGCGUAGCAUUUGGAAUUCCACUGUGCAGUCUGUUUUUUUUUAAUUUUCUUCAACGUAAGUGUGAUCUGUGUACUUGGGAUCCAAAAGGCGUCCUUUAACCAAUACCCUGCGGAUACUGAGAGUUGGCUGUACAAUAAAGUCUCACAAGUUGAA